AUGAACCGGUCCCGAAGUUCCUCCAAACACUAUCCGUUCUUCCUCUCCUCAACUACAACAUAUAUCCAGCAGCACACGUUCACCAACCGAAAACUCCAAUCAGGCCCUCCAACAGCCUCUCAAAGCGUUCCUGAUUAUCAGGAUGGACACCUGAGUAAGCUGAACUUGACUCGGCUCGUAAUAAAAUGGGGUGGAAUGACAUUUGGAUAUGCAGUAUUGACUCCUCCAUGCCAGAAUGAGUAUCUUCGUCUUCAUUUCUCUUCUGCUCUUCGCCGUUCAGGCACCGGGCUGCAUGAAAAUUUGAACGCGACAUCAAGCGUGGCCCUGUCAGCAAGGAGCUUCUUUUACUUCGAAUCCCCGAACUACCCCUACGACUACAACGACAACGAUUACAUUGCCUGGUCUUAUUCGUGCUCGAGACCGAUGACGCUGGAAUGUCCGGACAUUCAAAUCGACCGGAGUUACGGAUAUUGCAGUGAUGCACUCCUCAUCUCGGACAGCGGGCACAUCACAUUGUGCGGCAGCACAUCCCUGACAUAUGUGACCCCUCCGAACACAAUGCUGUCCAUAAUCUUUUCGACUGAUUCCUAUGGGACGGCGAGUGGUUUCCGUUGCAAUGUGUAUUGCAAUUAAUAGCCGGGGAAUAAAUGGAAUGACCUCGCUCAUUCUUGAAACAUUGCAG